AUGUCCUCCUCCGACAAGCCCAAGGCGGAGCCCUCUUCCCCUUCCCGAACUGCCCGGCCCAUCCCCCGCGCCCGCGCGCCGCAGGCAUCGCCCAACUUCGACAACCUCUCUGCCCUCUCCGAGUCCUCCACGGGCUCAUGGGAGAAGGGCCGGUUACUCGGUUCUAGCGCCCCGAAGGGGUCGUCUCCGCUCACUGGUACGGACUCCACCUCUGGCGUGGGUAGCCAGAGCGUGAAAGCUCCAUACGCCCAGCCCGGUGCAUCAGCUCAGGUGGAAGCUCAAGAGACCCCCUCGUCCGGCUCCGCCUCGGGAUCUAUGGCGUUCACGGAGCCCAUCCGCCCAAACCACAUCAACCUCCCCAUGGCGCCCAUAUACCCCCGGCAGCAGCGCGAGGGGUACGGCUUCCGGCCUACCUCUGGCCAGACCACACCCUCCGCCAGUGCGACUGCAAGCGCAAGCGCAAGCGGGAGCAGCUCUCAGCUGGCCGAUGAGGAGGACGGGAGGGACGAUUAUGACCAUAUGCCGGAUGGGCAAAGUAUGGACGCGUUGAGGGAAGGGAUCAAGGGGGAGCUGGUCAAGGCGGGUAUUGUCGGGUCGGGGCAGGGUAUUGCCGAUGAAGAGGGAUUAGGAUGGCCGGCAAAAUCCACCAAGAAACGCCUCCACUCGUCCCAGUCUGAAGCCCAAGCGAACCUCGAAGUCCUCUCCACCGCCCUCCGGACCGUGCUCCAAUGCAUCGGCGAAGACCCGACACGCGAAGGUCUCCUGCGCACGCCCGAACGAUACGCCAAGGCGCUGAUGUGGAUGACCAAGGGGUACGAGGAGCGCUUGACGGACGUGAUUAACGAUGCGGUGUUUGCGGAGGAUCAUGAUGAGAUGGUGAUUGUGAGGGAUAUCGACGUGUUUAGUCUGUGCGAGCACCAUCUCGUGCCGUUUACUGGCAAGAUCUCGAUCGGCUAUAUCCCCAACAAGCUUGUACUGGGCUUGUCGAAGCUCGCGAGGAUCGCAGAGACGUUCGCGAGGAGGUUGCAGGUCCAAGAGCGCUUGACGAAGCAGGUCGCGCUGGCCGUGGAGGAGGCGAUCAGGCCGAGGGGCGUCGCGGUUGUUAUGGAGGCUCACCACAUGUGCAUGUCGAUGCGAGGUGUCCAGAAACCCGGCGCGACGACCGUCACGAGCACGAUGUUGGGGUGUUUCCGGACCCAGCAAAAGACGAGGGAAGAGUUCCUUACUCUGAUCCGGACUCCCAGCGCUGCCAAGCACUUUUGA